GCCUUCCAUUUCACCCUUUGGCGUCGCGUCCCACCCAUUUGUUUACAUUACCUUGCCUUUUGCGCACAAUAACAGAAGGCGACUAGAGCUUUGUCAUUUCGGACGGUGGACUUCCCCCCCGAUGCCGAACCAAAAUCUUGUGAUUGGCUAGACCGAAGUAUAAAUAUUACACCAGCCGUCGUAUUCAGGUUCAUACGCGGAACUGUACCCAGAACAGCGAGACGCACUGACAGCUACCUUACAGUGGAUCCGGCCUUUAACAUUUUAACUGCGCAACAAUUUUUUUUACAGCGAAUUGGGCUGAAAGUAAGUCGUGAGAAGACUCGACUAUGUCUAUGACCGUGAAAGCCUAUCUCCUUGGGAAGGAACACAUGCCGAAAGAAAUUCGUCGCUUUGCCGUCGACCAAGAUGUUUCAACGAGUUUUGAGUAUUUGAAUCGAAAGGUUGUUGAUGUUUUCUCAACACUGCGAAAUGUCCCCUACCAAAUGUUUUACAAAGACGAGGACGGUGACAUGAUUGCCUUCUCCACCGACGAUGAGCUCAUCAUGGGCCUCACCUGCAUCAAGGACGACACCUUCCGCCUCUUCAUCAAGGAGAAGAAGGAGCACAGGCGCGAGUUCCCUGCUUUUGCUUUCCCGGGCGGUGUCCCUCCUUUCGCCUUCCCCCCUCACCCUGGAGCACCCCAUAUGGGGCCCCCUCCACCCCAUGGCCCACCACCUCAUGGUCAUGGCCCUCACGGGCCCCCCAUGGUGCACCCCAACGUGACCUGUGAUGAAUGCGAGGGCCCGGUGGCAGGGACCCGUUUCAAGUGCACUGUGUGCUCCAACUACGACCUAUGCUCCCCGUGCCAGGCCAAGGGGCUCCACAAGGAGCAUGUCCUCCUACCCAUCUGGCACCCCUUCAACAACACAUUUGAGUGGUUCCCUCGUGGGAAGUGGAUGCGGAAGAUGAGACACUGCAUGUGGGCUCAGGCCCAAAGCCAGGCCCAGCCUGGUCCCUCUGGGUCCCAGCCUGGUCCAUCUGGGUCCCAGCCAGGCCAGGCGGCCCCCGAAGACAGUCAGCCAUCCUCUGAUGCCUCAUCUGCUUCCUCCCAGCAGUCCCAGGCCAAUAUGGAUUACCUAAAGAACAUUGGAGAAGGGGUGGCAGCCAUGCUUAGCCCACUGGGUAUCGAUGUGGAUAUUGACGUGGAGCACGAGGGGAAGAGGACCAAGGUGAUGACCCCCAACCCGACCCCAUCCAGGUCAGGAGGUCACCCCGGUGCUAGGAGUGACAACGGGACAGGGGGGUCUGAGGGAGCAGGGGCAAACGAGGGAGACAUGGAGGUGGACGAACUGAGCAGCCUGGGGAGCGCCAGUGGUUUGGCUAAGGGUGGUAAAGAUGCUGGGGGCAGUGGUGACGAGGAAUGGACUCACGUGACCUCCAAGGAGGUGGACCCCUCUACUGGAGAGCUCCAGUCUCUCAGGGUGGGUCAGGAGGGCUCACUGGAAGCCCUAGGGUCCCUCACCCCUUCCCAGGGUCCCUCACAGGAACCACUGAAGUCCCUCACUCUCGCUGAGGCCGCAGCCUACCCCCACUUGCCUCAAGAUGCAGACCCACGCCUGGUGGAGUCGCUGUCCCAGAUGCUGUCCAUGGGCUUCACAGACGAGGGUGGCUGGCUCACCCGUCUUCUCCACACCAAGGACUGUGACGUUGGGGCCGCCCUGGACACCAUCCACUACUCCAAACCCCCCCAGAAGUAA